ACAAAAUUCGUUCGGUUCAGAUUAAUUUGACAACGAAAUUAAACCGGAAAACCCAGACAACGCCACGUGGCAAUUGUACCUCACCCAAAACGCACUCCAUAUAAGCUCUCCUCUCCUACCUUUUCAACAAUCACCAACGUGUGAUUGUUUGUUCCUCCACUCACUCCAAUUAAACAAACAAUAAAAAAGAGAGAUGGCGGCUACUAACUUCCGUGACAUCGACGACCUCCCCAAAAUUCCGGCGAACUACACCGCGUUGACUCCCCUCUGGUUCUUAGAUAGAGCUGCGGCGGUUCAUCCGACGAGGAAAUCGCUGAUUCACGGAUCCCGUGAGUACACGUGGCGACAAACUUACGAACGAUGUCGCCGUCUAGCUUCCGCUCUCGCCGAUCGUUCGAUUGGCCCUGGUUCUACGGUGGCUAUAAUAGCACCCAACACUCCAGCAAUGUACGAAGCUCAUUUCGGAGUACCAAUGUGUGGAGCCGUCUUGAACGCCGUCAACAUCCGUCUCAACGCCCCCACUAUCGCUUUCCUUCUCGGCCAUUCUCAGAGCGCUGUUAUCAUGGUGGAUCAAGAGUUCUUCCCUCUCGCAGAGGAGUCUCUGAGACUCAUGGAGGAGAAAGCUGGAAGCAGCUUUAAACGCCCGCUGCUAAUCGUCAUAAGUGAUCACACGUGUCCUCCAGAGUCACUUCACCGGGCUUUGUCAAAAGGAGUCAUAGAGUACGAGGAUUUUCUUGGAACUGGAGAUCCUAACUAUCAGUGGGAGACACCAGCUGAUGAAUGGCAGAGCAUUGCUCUUGGUUACACCUCAGGAACAACCGCUAGUCCUAAAGGAGUUGUGCUUCAUCAUCGUGGCGCGUAUUUAAUGGCUUUGAGUAAUCCUCUUAUUUGGGGGAUGCAAGAAGGUUCUGUUUACUUGUGGACUCUCCCUAUGUUUCAUUGCAAUGGUUGGUGUUUCACUUGGGCCACUGCUGCGCUCUCCGGUACUAACAUCUGUCUCCGUCAGGUUACUGCGAAAGAAGUGUAUUCAAGCAUAGCUAAGUAUAACGUUACUCAUUUCUGUGCGGCCCCUGUGGUUCUCAACACUAUUGUCAAUGCUCCUCAAGAAGACACUAUCCUCCCCCUUCCCCAUACGGUCCACGUCAUGACCGCAGGAGCUGCUCCUCCACCUUCUGUUCUCUACUCCAUGAACCAGAAGGGCUUCCGAGUCACUCACACCUAUGGGCUUUCCGAGACAUACGGUCCUUCCACCGUAUGCGCUUGGAAGCCAGAGUGGGACUCCCUCCCUCCCGAGACGCAGGCCAAGCUCAAUGCUCGCCAAGGUGUACGCUACAUCGGCAUGGAGGAGCUCGAUGUCAUCGACACUCUGACCGGAAAACCUGUCCCUGCAGACGGUAAAACCGCCGGAGAGAUCGUUUUCCGAGGGAACAUGGUGAUGAAAGGAUACCUAAAGAAUCCAGAAGCUAACAAAGAGACUUUCGCUGGUGGGUGGUUUCACUCGGGUGACAUCGCGGUGAAGCAUCCAGACAACUACAUCGAGAUCAAGGACAGGUCAAAAGACAUUAUAAUCUCUGGCGGUGAGAACAUAAGCAGCGUGGAGGUGGAAAACGUUGUUUACCAUCACCCUGCGGUUCUUGAAGCCUCUGUUGUGGCUAGACCAGACGAGCGGUGGCAGGAAUCUCCGUGUGCGUUUGUGACGCUUAAGAGCGGUUACGAGAAGCACGACCAGGGUAAGUUGGCUCAGGAUAUAAUGAAGUUCUGCAGGGAGAAGUUGCCGUCGUAUUGGGUCCCGAAGUCGGUGGUGUUUGGGCCAUUACCGAAGACAGCUACUGGAAAGAUUCAGAAGCAUGUGUUGAGGACUAAGGCGAAAGAGAUGGGACCAGUGCCAAGAAGCAGGUUGUAAAAAGCGGAAAUGACAUCGUUUUUGGAAUAAUACGUUGGUACGUUCGCUGUGUGUAAACUGUGUCUUGAAUGGUCUUCCAAAUGAUAACACAUAAAUUUCAUUUUGUAGUAUCUUGUAUGAUCUUUCUAUACAUGUAAUUCUCGUUUAAAUUCUUAAAUGGAAGGAAACGAAAAUUGGUUCACUCGCUG